ACACUCGAGGCAGGGGGAGCUUAAUAUUGCACGGACCAAGUUCAGGGCUCCACACUUCCCGACUACAGUGGUCCAGCGGCUGAUCACCCUUUUUUUCCUCAGGGAGCGUUUCACUGGAACAGCAUCACCAUGCCUAAAGUUGUAGUGCCAGGUCAAGCGAAGACCGACGACAAGAUGCGGGCCUUCGCGGAGAAAGUCUUUGCGUCUGAGACCAAAGACGAGAACGUCCGCGAUGAGAUCUCCAUGUUUGAUGUGGAUGAGGACUGUCCCAUCAUGCACGAGGAGAUGGCCCACCAUCUGCACACUGAGGAUAAUGCUGAGAAACGCAAGAAGCGGUCCCGCACCAUCGCCGUGCCUGUGGCUGCGGCUGCUUCCAAGUCAGCUGUUGCCCCUGUAAUGUCAGUGGAGGUGGACACGCCCACCUACCUGGAGGUGCCCGACUUCCAGAGAGUGGCCAUCAUCGGAGACUAUGCCUCUGGGGUGACCAUGGAUGACUUUGAGCUGUCCUGUAAGGGUCUGUACCGUGCCUUGACCAUCAGGGAGAAGUACAUGCGGCUGGCCUACCAGCGCUUCCCCCGCACGGUCUCCCAGUACCUGCGUGACAUCGAGGGGGAGACCUUCAAACCUGAAGAUCAGGUGCAGCCAGUCUUCACAUCUCCUCCAAAGAAUGGGGAAGACCCCUUUGAUACCGCUGAACUGCCAAAGAAUCUGGGAUACGUUGCUCGUAUGAAGGACGGUCUCAUCUAUGUGUACAACGACGCUGCAGCCGCUGACAAACAUCAGCCCAAGGACCUGCCCUGCCCCGACUACAACACCUUCAUCGACGACAUGAACUUCCUCAUCGCUCUCAUUGCACAGGGCCCAACUAAGACCUACACUCACCGUCGUCUGAAGUUCCUCAUGUCCAAGUUCAACGUGCAUGAGAUGCUGAACGAGAUGGAGGAGAUGAGGGAGCUGAAGAUGAACCCCCACAGGGACUUUUACAACUGCAGGAAGGUGGACACCCACAUCCACGCCGCCGCCUGCAUGAACCAGAAGCACCUGCUGCGCUUCAUCAAGAAGUCCUACCGCGUGGACGCCGAUCGCGUCGUGCACAAGCUGAAAGGGAAAGAGGUCACCAUGAAGGAGCUCUUUGAGUCCCUUCACCUGCACCCCUAUGACCUCACUGUGGACUCCCUGGAUGUGCACGCUGGCAGACAAACCUUCCAGCGUUUUGACAAGUUCAACGCCAAGUACAACCCCGUGGGAGCCAGCGAGCUGCGUGACCUGUACAUGAAGACGGAGAACCAAAUCAACGGAGAGUACUUUGCCACCAUCAUCAAGGAAGUAGCCAGUGACCUGGAGGAUGCCAAGUACCAGUAUGCUGAGCCUCGUCUGUCCAUCUACGGCUGCAACCCCAACGAGUGGAGCAAACUGUCCAGCUGGUUCGUCAAGCACAGAGUCUACUCCCCAAACUUCAAGUGGAUGAUUCAGGUUCCCAGGAUCUACGACAUCUUCAGAGGCAGGGACUUUGUGCCACACUUUGGCAGGAUGUUGGAGAACAUUUUCCUCCCCGUGUUCCAGGCCACCAUCGACCCACAGUCCAACCCAGAGCUCAGCAUCUUCCUCAAGCAUGUGACAGGCUUCGACAGUGUGGACGAUGAGUCCAAGCACAGUGGUCACAUGUUCUCCACUAAGAGCCCCAAACCAGAGGAGUGGGACAUCGUCAAGAACCCCUCCUACACCUACUACAUCUACUACAUGUAUGCCAACAUCGCUGUGCUCAACCAGCUCCGCAGACAGAGGGGGAUGAACACGUUCAUGUUCAGGCCUCACUGUGGCGAGGCCGGGGCCGUAACCCAUCUGCUGGCUGCCUUCAUGACCGCUGAUAACAUCUCUCACGGCCUCAACCUCAAGAAGAGUCCUGUGCUGCAGUACCUGUACUUCCUGACCCAGAUCCCCAUCGCCAUGUCCCCUCUCAGCAACAACAGCCUGUUCCUGGAGUACGCCAAGAACCCCCUGCUGGAGUUCCACAAGAAAGGCCUGGUGGUGUCUCUGUCCACCGACGACCCCAUGCAGUUCCACUACACCAAGGAACCCCUGAUGGAGGAGUACGCCAUUGCAGCCCAGGUCUUCAAGCUCAGUACCUGCGACAUGUGUGAGAUCUCCAGGAACAGUGUGAUUCAGAGCUCCCUGUCUGAUGAGGAGAAGGUCCACUUCCUGGGUCAUGACUACCUGAAGGAGGGUCCAGAGGGCAACGACAUCCGCAAGACCAACGUGGCCCAGAUCCGCAUGGCGUACCGCUUCGAGACCCUGUGCUAUGAGCUCAACCUGAUCAAGGAGGGCUUGAAGACUGAGUAGACACUCAAACUGACCCAACCAUGGUCGAAACUCAUCUGCAUUGUGAUGUAGAAAAGUUUCUACGUUCAUUUUUCACAGAAACUCUUAAAAAAAAAAAAUUAAAAAAAAUCUUAAAGAAAGGAACCUUCUAACACAUGUAUGCUUUCUUCUUUGGAAGAGGAAUCUUCAUGAUGGUUGUCUUCACUGCAUAAUGAUCUGCACAUCUUAUCCAGUUCACUUGUACAUUACACUAUGUGUGUUCCAUAUGGAGAGACAUCCUGUGUUAGAAUGACAAGAAAUAAAAUGUGAAAUAACUGGUA